AGCAGUCAGCAGAGUGGAGGUGAGCUGGCAUGGGCAACUUGAAGAGUGUGGGCCAGGAGCCUGGGCCACCCUGUGGCCUAGGGCUCGGGCUGGGCCUAGGGCUAUGCGGCAAGCAGGGCCCAGCCUCACCGGCACCAGAGCCUAGCCAGGCACCAGUACCCCCGUCCCCAACCCGACCAGCACCAGACCACAGGUGAGGGGCACAUGGCUGUGAGCAGCCCCCCGUUAACCCGGCCCCCAGACGGACCCAAGUUUCCUCGAGUAAAGAACUGGGAAGUGGGCAGCAUCACCUACGAUACCCUCAGUGCACAGGCUCAGCAGGAUGGGCCCUGUACCCCAAGACGCUGCUUGGGAUCCCUGGUAUUUCCAAGGAAGUUACAGAGCCGGCCCACCCAGGGCCCUUCACCCACUGAGCAGCUAUUGGGUCAAGCCCGGGACUUCAUCAAUCAGUACUAUAACUCGAUCAAAAGGAGUGGUUCCCAGGCUCAUGAGCAGCGGCUUCAGGAAGUGGAAGCUGAGGUGGUGGCCACGGGCACCUACCAGCUCCGGGAGAGUGAGCUGGUGUUUGGGGCCAAACAGGCCUGGCGCAACGCUCCCCGCUGUGUGGGGCGGAUCCAGUGGGGGAAACUGCAGGUAUUUGAUGCUCGGGACUGCAGGACAGCACAGGAAAUGUUCACCUACAUCUGUAACCACAUUAAGUAUGCAACAAACCGAGGCAAUCUUCGUUCAGCCAUCACGGUGUUCCCCCAGCGCUACGCUGGCCGGGGAGACUUCCGGAUCUGGAACAGCCAGCUGGUGCGCUACGCGGGCUAUAGGCAGCAGGACGGCUCUGUGCGAGGGGACCCUGCCAACGUGGAGAUCACUGAGCUCUGUAUUCAACAUGGCUGGACCCCAGGAAAUGGCCGCUUUGAUGUGCUGCCCCUGCUACUCCAGGCUCCCGAUGAGCCCCCAGAACUCUUCACUCUGCCCCCAGAGCUGGUCCUCGAGGUGCCUCUGGAGCACCCCACGCUAGAGUGGUUUGCUGCCCUUGGCCUGCGCUGGUAUGCCCUCCCAGCUGUGUCCAAUAUGCUGCUAGAAAUCGGGGGCCUGGAGUUUCCGGCUGCCCCUUUCAGCGGCUGGUACAUGAGUUCAGAGAUUGGCAUGAGGGACCUGUGUGACCCUCACCGAUACAACAUACUUGAGGAUGUGGCUGUCUGCAUGGAUCUAGACACCCGGACAACCUCAUCACUGUGGAAAGACAAGGCAGCAGUGGAAAUUAACGUGGCUGUGCUGUACAGUUACCAGCUGGCCAAAGUGACCAUUGUGGACCACCAUGCCGCCACAGCCUCCUUCAUGAAGCACUUGGAAAAUGAGCAGAAGGCCAGAGGGGGCUGCCCUGCUGACUGGGCCUGGAUCGUGCCCCCCAUCUCAGGCAGCCUCACCCCUGUCUUCCAUCAAGAGAUGGUCAACUAUUUCCUGUCCCCUGCCUUCCGCUACCAGCCUGACCCCUGGAAAGGAAGUGCAGCAAAAGGCACAGGCAUCACCAGGAAGAAGACUUUUAAGGAAGUAGCCAAUGCAGUGAAGAUCUCUGCCUCACUCAUGGGCACGGUGAUGGCGAAGCGUGUGAAGGCGACUAUCCUGUAUGGCUCUGAGACUGGCCGCGCCCAGAGCUACGCACAGCAGCUGGGGAGGCUCUUUCGGAAGGCGUUUGACCCCCGGGUCCUGUGCAUGGAUGAAUACGAUGUGGUAUCCCUAGAGCAUGAGGCCUUGGUAUUGGUGGUGACCAGCACAUUUGGCAAUGGGGAUCCCCCGGAGAAUGGAGAGAGCUUUGCAGCAGCGCUGAUGGAAAUGUCGGGCCCCUACAACAGCUCCCCUCGGCCUGAGCAGCACAAGAGUUACAAAAUCCGAUUCAACAGUGUCUCCUGCUCGGACCCACUGGUAUCCUCUUGGCGGCGCAAAAGGAAGGAAUCCAGUAACACAGACAGUGCAGGGGCCCUGGGCACCCUCAGGUUCUGUGUGUUUGGGCUGGGCUCCAGAGCAUACCCGCACUUCUGUGCCUUUGCUCGAGCGGUGGACACAAGGCUGGAGGAGCUGGGCGGGGAGCGACUGUUGCAGCUGGGCCAGGGUGAUGAGCUCUGCGGCCAGGAGGAGGCUUUCCGAGGCUGGGCCCAGGCAGCCUUCCAGGCUGCCUGUGAAACUUUCUGUGUGGGAGAAGAUGCCAAGGCUGCUGCCCGAGAUAUCUUCAGUCCCAAGCGCAGCUGGAAACGCCAGAGGUACCGGCUGAGUACCCAAGCUGAGAGCCUGCAAUUACUGCCAGGGCUGACUCACGUGCACAGACGGAAGAUGUUCCAGGCUACAAUUCUUUCUGUGGAGAACCUACAGAGCAGCAAAUCCACCCGAGCCACAAUCCUGGUGCGUCUGGACACUGGAAGCCAGGAGGGACUGCAGUACCAGCCAGGGGACCACAUAGGUGUGUGCCCACCCAACCGGCCUGGCCUAGUGGAGGCGCUGCUGAGCCGAGUGGAGGACCCUCCGCCAUCCACAGAGCCUGUGGCCGUGGAACAACUGGAAAAAGGCAGCCCUGGUGGCCCUCCCCCCGGCUGGGUACGGGACCCCCGGCUUCCCCCAUGUACGCUGCGCCAGGCUCUCACUUACUUCCUGGACAUCACUUCCCCGCCCAGCCCUCGCCUUCUUCGACUGCUGAGCACCCUGGCAGAGGAGUCCAGCGAACAGCAGGAGCUAGAGGCUCUCAGCCAGGACCCCCGGCGCUACGAAGAAUGGAAGUGGUUCCGCUGCCCCACACUGCUAGAGGUGCUGGAACAAUUUCCAUCCGUGGCACUGCCUGCCCCGCUGAUCCUCACCCAGCUGCCCCUGCUCCAGCCCCGGUACUACUCUGUCAGCUCAGCACCCAGCGCCCACCCAGGAGAGAUCCACCUCACUGUAGCUGUGCUGGCAUACAGAACCCAGGAUGGGCUGGGCCCUCUGCACUAUGGGGUCUGUUCCACAUGGAUGAGCCAACUCAAGGCAGGAGACCCGGUGCCCUGCUUCAUCAGGGGGGCUCCCUCCUUCCGGCUGCCACCUGAUCCUAACUUGCCUUGCAUCCUGGUGGGCCCAGGGACUGGUAUUGCACCCUUCCGGGGAUUCUGGCAAGACCGAUUACACGACAUUGAGAUCAAAGGACUGCAGCCUGCCCCCAUGACUUUGGUGUUUGGCUGCCGAUGCUCCCAACUGGACCAUCUCUACCGGGACGAGGUACUGGACGCCCAGCAGCGUGGAGUGUUUGGACAAGUCCUCACCGCCUUUUCCAGGGAUCCUGGCAGCCCUAAGACCUAUGUGCAAGACCUCCUGAGGACAGAGCUGGCCGCGGAGGUUCACCGCGUGCUGUGCCUCGAGCAAGGACACAUGUUUGUCUGCGGUGAUGUCACUAUGGCAACCAGCGUCCUGCAAACCGUGCAGCGAAUUCUGGCAACAGAGGGCAGCAUGGAGCUGGAUGAAGCCGGUGACGUCAUCGGCGUGCUGCGGGAUCAGCAACGCUACCACGAGGACAUUUUCGGACUCACAUUGCGCACCCAGGAGGUGACGAGCCGCAUCCGCACCCAGAGUUUUUCUUUGCAGGAGCGACAGCUGAGGGGUGCAGUGCCCUGGUCCUUUGACCCGCCUACCCAAGAAACACCUGGUUCCUGACAAUCUUCUUCCCCUCCAGUUCCCGGAGAGAGGGACUGCGUCGCUUCAUUAGGUUGACCAAGGCAAACCACCCUCUCUGGAAUGCCCACAGCAUCAGUUGCGAGGCUGCCGAUUUAAGAACUCUCUUCUCGGGGCUGGGGAUUUAGCUCAGUGGUAAAGCGCUUGCCUAGGAAGCGCAAGGCCCUGGGUUCGGUCCCCAGCUCCGGAAAAAAAAAAAAACUCUCUUCUCUCUCCAGUUUAACUAGACUGGGAGGGAGUCAGCCUAAAUCCUGAAGGUUCCUCCGGCUGUGGUAUUAGGACAUCCUGCUGCCCUCUUCGUAUGCUUUGAUGGACUGUAGACUCCCUUUCUCUCUCUCUCUCUCUCUCUCUCUCUCUCUCUCUCUCUCUCUCUCUCUGCAGUAUCUUACCUUUAAAGUCUAAGUCAUCCCGAUAUUUAUUGAAAAUUUAUCAUAAAAGAUCAUGCCAGAUGUCAUGAGAUGCCCAACCCAACACUUGUGAAUUACAGCGAUUGAAAAGGA